AUGGAGGUUUUUAACCUUAUGAUCAAAAAGCGUAUACAACAGAAUCCAAAACACAAGUAUCACCGGAGGUGUGGGAAGCAAAAACUAACUCGUAUUUGUUUUGCAGAUGAUCUGUUAAUUUUCAGCCAUGGGAGUAUUCAGGCAAUCCAGGUGGUCAAAGACUCUUUACAGGAGUUCCAGGCAGUGUCGGGCUUGAUCCCUAAUCCUCAAAAAAGUUCGAUUUUUUAUGGCAUGAUCAAUAAUGUUUUAAAAGCCCAAAUUUUGAAUAUUUUGGGUUUUGAGGAAGCAAAGCUCCCUGUUCGCUAUCUCGGUAUUCCUUUGAUUGGGACUAGAAUGCUUGUCAAGGAUUGCACCAAACUUGUGGAGAAAGUGAAAGCGCACGUUCAGAAUUGGAAGCAUAGAGCUCUGUCAUUUACGGGAAGACUUGAACUCAUUAAUUUUGUACUCCAAUCCCUACAGGUUUAUUGGUGCUCAGUUUUACUACUUCCCAAAACAACCAUUAAAUACAUCGAAAAAGUCUUUAAGGGUUUCUUAUGGAAUGGUGGCGACUUGAAGAAAGGAAGUGCUAAGAUUGCUUGGAAAAUGGUGUGUAGACCUAAAGACGAAUGA